CAUGGACAACAAAGCCAUGUUUUCCCAAAUUGCUGAAAUAACCAGCUGCCUGUACCUCAGUAGUGCGACUGCUGUCCGAGCAGAGAACAUCCGAUCUCUGGGCAUUACACACAUCAUUAAUGUCACUGUGGAGAUACCCAACCUACAGCUGCCACAUGUGGAGACCAUCCAGAUCCACGUGGAUGACUUGCCCAAUGCUCGCCUGGGGCUCUACUUUGACCGCUGUGCUGACAAAAUACACCAG